GGAAAAGCCUUCUUAUAAAUAGUUCUAAACGUUUUUUGCAAUACUUUGCUGGAGUUAGUCUAAUUAUGUAUACGCAUAACUUUAGAACGGUAUUUUGCAUUUUGUGCAUCUCUUGUUUUUUGUUUGGCUGUAGCAAUGGGAUGACAAGACAGCAAUUGAAAAAUUCUGGCAAACUAAUGAAAAAAUCAUGCAUGCCCAAAAACGAUGUUACAGAAGAGGAGGUUGGUGAUAUUGAAAAGGGGAAGUUCAUAGAGAGUCGUAACGUCAUGUGCUAUGUUGCCUGCAUUUACACUAUGACCCAAGUGGUGAAGAAUAACAAGCUGAGUUACGAAGCAGUCAUCAAGCAAGUGGACAUGAUGUUUCCAGCUGAGAUGAGGGACGCUGUCAAAGCUGCCGCCACCAGCUGUAAAGAUAUCACAAAAAAAUACAAAGAUUUGUGCGAAUCAGCAUAUUGGACCGCUAAAUGCAUGUACGAUUAUGAUGCAGAAAAUUUCAAGAUACGUAGUGGUGUGAUAAAUCUGCAAAAAAUGCAAAUAAAUCAGUUGUUAGGGCUGCUUGUUAUCGCAACGUGUGUUGGAAUUAGUCAUGGCAUGAGCCGAGCACAAGUAAAAAAGACGAUGAGUCUAGUGAAAAAUCAAUGUAUGCCGAAGAAUUCUGUUACGGAAGACCAAGUCGGCAAAAUAGAAGAAGGAGUAUUCCUCGAAGAUCGUAACGUCAUGUGCUACGUUGCUUGUAUCUACAAAAAUCUUCAAGUGGUUAAGAACGACAAAUUAGACAUGAGUUUGAUAACAAAACAGAUCGAUGCACUAUAUCCCCCAGAGUUGAAGGAGCCCGUGAAGAAAGCCGUUUCUUUGUGCAUACAUAGCCAGGACAAUUACAAUGACCUAUGCGAAAAAGUAUUCCACGCUGCCAAAUGUUUGUAUGAAAAAGAUCCAGCCAGCUUUAUUUUUCCUUGACGUGUAUAGUUUACAGUACAUUAAGCACAAUAAUGUUAUCUCCAUUUAAUAAAUUUUAAUGUAUAA